AUUAUUUAGACAAACAUAUUGAAAUUAAAGAAUAUCAAAAAGCUGUUGAGAAAUUUACAAAAUACCGUCAAUCUGAUCAACUAGAUUUAAUGAGUAGUUUUACAGUACAAGCUAGAGUUAAUAAAUUAGAUAUAAUUGCUAAAAUGCGUUGUGUAUAUCUAUGUGCAAAAAGGCAUCUUGCAGUUGAAGUAUUUCCAAAUUUAAUAGAACUAACCAAUUUACAAGUUCAAAAUCAAACUGAGUUAGUAUAUAACAAAUCUCCAAUUACCGUUGCACCUCCUAUUUUUGGUUCUAAAAGAAUUAUUUUAAAUACCACAUCUGAAUCACCUUUAAAUGACCAGUUAUCAAAUUAUGCAACAUAUGAUAAUCCAAAAGCAGGAGCUGAGUUUUUAUAUACUAUUGCAGUAGUAAUUGAAGAAGAUAUUUUAGCUGAAGUUCGAAAAUCUCCAUCAUGA